AUGCCUCAGCAGUCCCUGAUUAUAAAGCACUAUUAUAAGGCUACAUUGGUUAAUAAUGUCACAAAUCGCAGACUAAUAUUGACGACUAGUUACGUCACACGCUGCGAAGUCGUAUCUUUGACAUUGCGACGAAAGCAUUCCCUAGGAAAUCAGCAAAUACCGGUUUCAAAACAAAAACGAGUUGCUCUGGGCAAUCAUGAGAUAAAUUCUUUGACUCUAUCGCAGAAGCGAGAUAUUCUUGCUUUGGACACUGACAAUAACACUUUAAAAUUUCCAACGAUAUGGCUGAGAGAUAAUUGCCAGUGUCCAGCCUGUUUCCAGAGACAUUCGCAAUCACGGACGAUAGACUGGGGGAAAUUCGAUUUUGGAGUUAAGCCAUUAAGCGCUAAAUUGGUGGAAUCUGAACUGACUAUUGAAUGGUCCGACAAUCACAGAAGCAAUUUCACUCUCGAUUGGCUGAUAGAAAGAUCAUUCACCGAAGAGAAGCGGAAAUUAUUUAGAAAUAAAAUUUAUAGAUUUGAAAGAACCACUUGGGGAGCAGAUGAGUUCGGAAAAUAUCUUAAGAAAUUCGAUUACAAAUCUGUUUUGAAUGAAGAUUCUACCUUACUCAACUGGCUCGAAUCUUUGACAAAAUACGGUGUUGCUAUCGUUACCAACGUUCCAGCCAAAAAUAACAGUAAUAAAAUACUGACAGAACGUGUUGCCUUUACUAGAAGAACUCAUUACGGUGAAGAAUUUACUGUAAUAGCAAAAGAUGGCACUACUAAUGUUGCGUACUUGUCAUCAACCCUUCCAUUACACACAGAUUUGCCUUACUACCACUAUGCCCCUGGGGCAAAUUUGUUGCAUUGUCUUGUGCAGUCCCAAGGCAAAGGUGGGGAGUCGCAGUUGGCCGACGGGUUCCAUGUCGGAAAUUAUUUGAAAUUACAUGAACCCGAAUCUUAUAAAAUUUUGACAAAAACUUUGGUCGAUUGGAGCGAUGUAGGACAUGAGAAUGGAGACCAUUUUCACAGCUUGCAUCAAGCCCCGGUCCUCUGCGAAGAUGAGUUCGGUGAUCUUGUAAGAGUGAAUUUUAGCCAGCCGCAAAGAGACAGUCAUUUUAACGCUCCUCUAGAGCAGGUUAUUCUGUGGUACGAGGCAGUUGGAUUAUUCACCAAGCUCUUGUACAGCCCAGAGAAUAACGUGACGUUUAAACUUGCCGAAGGCGACAUUUUGACUUUUGACAACCUCAGACUCGUACAUGGGAGAAGCGCAUAUGCUGAUACUACUGGCAGAGAAAGACUGUUGAUCGGAUGCUAUCUAGAUUGGGACGAAAUUUAUUCUCGGAUUAGAGUUCUCAGAAAGCAAUUGAAGAGAAGUAAAGAAACGAAUUGAAUAAUGGUCAAUAAUUACAAUGUAACAUUUUAUUUUCAUGAACGAUAAUAUAUGUACAUUUUUUUUAAUGGUAAAAAAUUGACUUUGCGAUAAAGAAGAUCAAGUCAUCGUGUUAUAUCAUAUCUUUUUUUACAAUAUUUUUUUUUUGUAGAACAAAGUACCCGGAAUUUGCAUCAGCUCUGCUUGUCUUUUUAACUUAGAAUGAUAAUGAAGUGAUAAAUGAAAUUAUUCAAGUUUUUAUUUGCGAUGAAUGUGAUGUUUGAAGUAUCUAAAAUCGGCACUAACAGUCAUUGACGCAACCUCAUUAUUUUUCAUCUAUUUACAUCACUCGCAAUGCGAUUUCAACAAAACUCCAACAAUA